AUGACUUUCAACGUUGUCGACUUCCGUCACUAUAUGGAAUCUUCUCAGAACACCGCACAUAUCGAUGGUGUCCUGGCCGAGGUCAGAGCUCAAAUGGAUACUUCAAACUUUCUUUAUCCCUUGAAGAAUUUGCAAACACUCAACGAACGCACCAUCAUAUAUACGGAUACAGACGGAAAUUCAACACUUCUUUUCAACGAAGGAAGCUCGGAGUCCGAAGGCAUCGAAGCAAUAUUUGUCGUGCAGGGUGUCUUGUGGGAUUUCACCCUUCCUCCAAUCAUCGCAAAAACAGACAUUCCACGCCGUGUUCAGUUUGCUAAACAGAGCAUAGUUAUCCAUGGAUGGGGAAAUAAACAUUUUGUUGAAGAUCGCCAAGCAAUCGAAACCAUCCAUCAGAAGAUGUCGGCCAAUUACAAGGAAGGGACGCUGAAAGCUUGGGACGUAAUCAAUGCAGUGGACUCUAAUAUGACUUCAAAGGAGUACUCCAACCGUUAUUUUACACCUAUUCAACAUGCCAAUGGCGAGCCCAGCAUACCCUUUGCAUCGAACGUGGAUCCACAUCACCAUCUUACCCGUGCAGCCACAUCCAACAUGGUUCAUCUGCCUACUAAUGAAGUGGGGUACUACCAAUAUAUACCCAUGCACCGUCGUAAAUCUGACUUUAUAUGCUUCAAUCCGGCGCAGUUCAGAGUUGGUCAGAUAGUACAGGCUCAGAUUGCGUUCAAGACAGUACCGUCUGGAGGCAAGACUCCACAGCACCGCUUGAUCUGUCAACUGAAGAGUAUAGCAAUGCUUGAUAAUGCCAUGCAACAGACUUACGAAUCAAUUAUACUCUUCGCUAUUGACCGGAGAAACUUCGACAAAGAGAUUACGAACCACGGAGACCCAGGCAGAAUCACAUGA